AUGCCGCCAAGGAGUUCCUUCUUCGUCUGCUUCGCUUGGCCGCGUUAUUAUUUUAUAGAAGCCAGAGCUCUUGGUAUCUAUCUAUCUAUCUAUCUAUCUAUCUAUCUAUCUAUCUAUCUAUCUAUCUUCACCUAUUCUGUACUCUCUUUCUCUCACUCUCUCUCUCUCUCUAUCUAUCUAUCUUCAUCUCUGAUCUUACUCUCUCUCUAUCUAUUCUAUAUACCUAUCUAUCUUCACUUCUUCGUCUCUGAUCUCUAUCCUAGUCUGUUCAUAUCUAUCUAUCUAUCUAUCUAUCUAUCUAUCUAUCUAUCUAUCCUGAUUGUUAUUCAUUUCUUCACACAAUCUAUCUAUCUAUCUAUCUAUCUAUCUAUCUAUCUAUUUACGUAUUUCAUUCUGUUAAUCUAUCUAUCUAUCUAUCUAUCUAUCUAUCUAUCUAUCUAUCUAUCUCACGCUGUUCAUAUCUAUCUAUCUAUUUACGUAUUUCAUUCUGUUAAUCUAUCUAUCUAUCUCACGCUGUUCAUUAUCUAUCUAUCUAUCUAUCUAUCUAUCUAUCUAUCUAUCUAUCUAUCUAUCUAUCUAUCUAUCUAUCUCACGCUGUUCAUAUCUAUCUAUCUAUCUAUUCUAUCUAUCUAUCUAUCUAUCUAUCUAUCUAUCUCUGUUCAUAUCUAUCUAUCUAUCUAUCUAUCUAUCUAUCUAUCUAUCUAUCUAUCUAUCUAUCUAUCUAUCUAUCUAUGUGCGCGUGUUUGUGUAAAUACUAAUUUUUCAUCUUUCAAGUUAAGUUUCCCUUGUUUCACCAGAAAUUUCACUAUCGAACUCACCCCAUCCAGACAUAAAAAUAACUUUAUAUUCUAUCGAUUUUUUGUGCUUUUAGUUGUCUGA